AUGGCCGCCUCCAGCGAUACUCUGACCAAAGUGUCUACGGAUGCUGCCACCGAGCUCGUCAAUUCCUUCUACCCAGCCCUUGGAAAGAACCGCGACGCCAUCGCAUCCUUCUACUCGACCACUCCAACUUCGAUCCUGUUGAACGGCAACCAGAUCGAAAGCGGUGCCGCGGUGCAGAAGAUCUUUCUUGAAUUGAUGCCAGCUGCUCACUACGAAGCGCAAUCUUUUGACUGCCAGGUCAUCAACCCCGCCUAUCCCACCGUUACCGCCAACGGCGUCAAGCCGCCUUCCGAGAUGACCGUCAAAGACAUGUCAAUUCUCGUCAUCGUGAGCGGCUACGUGCGCUACGGCGAGGGUCGUGAUCAGCCGCAUCGCGGUUUCAGUGAAACCUUCGUUCUGGUCCCAAACCCUUCCACCGAGCGCGGCGGUCGUCGCAAGGGCUGGCUCAUUCAGAGUCAAAACUUCCGGCUGGUGGUCUGA